AUGCCGAAACUUGAACCUGGUGUGACUGUCGAUAAAACAAAAUCGUUGCCUCGCAUUGAAUUGACAUCUCCCAUAUUAGUUACAUCCGAAAAUGAUUCACUAAGAUCUUACAAAAGUUGCAAAGCGGUCCAAGAACAGGAGCAGAAACCUACUGAAAGAUGUUCAAAGGUAAAAGCUCUGAUCGAAAAACACAAGUCGUUUCAAGACAAAUUACUAAAUGCUAAAGUAAACGACUUCAACGCUAAGAAGAAAUCAUUUUCUAAUGCUUGUGAAAAUCUGUGUACUUCAUACAACGAUUGCAUAAAAAUGGAAGGUGACUCACAGCAGGUGGAACAUUUCGAAAAUGUCGUAAAAAAUCAUGUGUUUGAAGUUUUGAAUGCCGACAUAUUAUUAAAUAAUCAGAAACCACUGGAAAUAGAUAAACAUAUGUUGAAAUCCGAUAAUUUUGAUUUCAAAACUGGAACGCUCGAGUUAGAUGCAAUUUUGAGCACAAUGGGCAAACGUUUUUGGCAAAAUAUUGUUUCCAUGGUCAGCAUUAACAAUACUUACUACCAAUGUUUGACUCAAAUCAUGGACAAUCGUAAAUUUAAAAAUCUUGAAGGUGUAAAGGUUCAUGUCAACUCGGUGUUAAAAAUAGCUGGUGAUGAUUGGGAACUAAUUGCUUCGGAACUACUCGCUUCUUCAAAGGAAUGUAUGGAAAAGUUCGGCAUCGUAUUAGACCGUAAAUUAAAUGAGAAAGUAAAGAAACCUCCGUCAUCAAACCACUGUAGCAAGAUGAUUGCUCUCAGAAUUGAGUUGGAUGAAAAUAAGAGGCGCAUGAAGAUCGCUGAAAAUAGUAUCACUCAACUCCAGAAGGAGAAGAAAGACUUGUUGAACAUAUUAAAUAGCUAUGAUACUGAAAAUAUUCACAAAGUAUCGUUGGAAAAACGACUCGAAGCUGAAAAACAAAACAACGAUGAAUUACGGGAUUUAAUUAGUACUAUUUUCAAAAAAGAAAACGCUUCAUAA